AAUAUAUUAAAAGAUUCCUUCCAUACAUCUUUGCAUAUAAAACCCAUCAAACCGAUCACAAUUAUAAGAGUUCUAAACCCUCUCUCCAUCUCUCUCUCUCUUAGAAACAGCGAUGGACUCGGUAACGCUCUACUGCACCGCCGCCCUAGUCGCCGCCGGCGGCAUCUACUGGUUCGUCUGCGUCUUAGGUCCAGCAGAACGAAAGGGCAAACGAGCCUUAGAUCUCUCCGGCGGCUCCAUCUCCGCGGAGAACGUCAAAGACAACUACAACCAAUACUGGUCGUUCUUCCGCAAACCGAAAGAGAUCGAGACCGCCGAGAAAGUCCCCGACUUCGUCGACACGUUCUACAACCUCGUCACGGACAUCUACGAGUGGGGAUGGGGACAGUCUUUCCACUUCUCCCCUUCCAUCCCCGGCAAAUCCGACAAGGACGCCACGAGGAUCCACGAAGAGAUGGCAGUGGAUCUCAUCAAAGUCAAACCGGGGCAAAAAAUCUUAGACGCGGGGUGCGGAGUCGGUGGGCCGAUGAGAGCCAUCGCGGCCCAUUCAAAGGCCCAUGUAACCGGAAUCACCAUCAACGACUACCAAGUGAAACGGGCUAAGCUCCACAAUAAAAAAGCGGGCCUGGACCAUCUAUGCGACGUCGUUUGCGGUAAUUUUUUACAAAUGCCGUUCGACGAUAACUCCUUCGACGGGGCUUACUCGAUCGAGGCCACGUGUCACGCUCCCAAGCUGGAGGAAGUGUACGCGGAGAUCUACAGGGUGAUGAAGCCUGGAUCUUUGUACGUUUCGUACGAGUGGGUCACGACGGAUAAGUACAGAGACGAAGACGAAGAGCACAGGGAGGUGAUCCAAGGGAUCGAGAGGGGAGACGCUCUUCCCGGUAUGAGAAGGUACUCGGACAUCGCUGCGGCGGCGAGGAGAGUCGGGUUCGAGGUCGUGCAAGAGAAGGAUUUGGCUAAACCCCCCGCUAAACCGUGGUGGAACAGGCUUAAGAUGGGUCGGAUUGCGUACUGGAGGAACCAUGUUGUGGUUGUGGUUCUGUCUGCUGUUGGGAUCGCUCCGAAAGGAACCGUUGAUGUUCAUGAGAUGUUGUUUAAGACAGCUGAUUACUUGUCUAGAGGUGGUGAGACUGGUAUCUUCUCGCCGAUGCAUAUGAUUCUCUGUAGAAAACCAGAGAAAGCUUCUUCUGAAUGAUGCAAAAGAAAAAAAAGAACAGUUUCAUGUUUUGCACCGUUAAGAAUCUUUUUUUUUUGUUUUAAUUUCGUAUUAAUAUCUCUUUGCUGUUCAGUGUGUUUUAAAUUUUGAGUUAAUUACUUCUAUUCAAUUUGAUUGGUUUAACGACUGAUGAUGUUUGAUGAG